AUGAAGUCGCAGGCACUCUUUGAUGCAAUGUCGGCAGCAGUGAAGGCCAAGGGCCCUGAGCUGGUGAAGAUGGGCGGCGCCGUCUUCCAGUUCGUAAUCAGCGACGGCGGCGACGCGGGCAAGUUCGUCCUGGACCUGAAGAACGGCAGCGGAUCAGCCAAGGCUGGUGAAGAGGGCAGCGCUGCCGGAACCUCAGGGCAUAUUGUGGCCUUGCAGCUGAUUGCGUUUCUUCGCUGCCUUCGGAAUCGUGGCAGCCUGACUUUCAAUCAGGACUGCACCAUCACCAUGGCGGAUGCCGACUUCAUGGCCAUGGCAGAGGGCAAGCUGGAUGGCAUGCAGGCCUUCAUGGGCGGCAAGCUGAAGAUCAAGGGCAACAUGAUGCUGGCGCAGAAGCUCCAGUCAAUUCUGGAAGCUGCCAAGUGA